GAUAUGACAUUAAUUUUUUAGGUUAUGUUAAUUUGGAUCAAAAAUUUUAUUUACAAAAACGAAAAAAACAGAUUUGUGAAUAUUGGCCUGCGAUAAGUAGUCAAAGAAGUAUUUACAAACACAAGUUGAGCCAUAAUUAACUUGCACUUGUCAAAAGGUUAUCACGUCAAUAUUGACAAAAGUCUCAUUUAUACCCAGUUUAAAACCUGCUGCAGUUUUAGUAUCAGAAAAACAAUCUUGAACAACGAAAAAGUUUCAAAUAAGUUUAACUACAAGGAAAUGAAAAAGUCAAUGGUGAUGAUAAACGAGGUCAAACCUUCGCCUUAUACAUUUUUUAAUUGUGAAAUUAGCGACAUCGAGAGUCAUUAUUGCAAAGACUGCCAAUUCCAAACUGAUCUAAGUGUGUUUUUGAAAAACCACGCACUGAAUUGUCACGACAUCAAAAUAAAACCUGAACGACUCUCAAAUGAAUACAGUGUUCGAAACUACAGUUGUGAAAAGUGUGGUUUUGAAACACUUUUUUCCUUAAAAUGGUUAGACCAUUCUUUAUCAUGUACAGUGGGUUCCAAAAGUAUGGAACUACGACCAUACUGUUGCGAAAAAUGUACUUAUAAAGCUAAAAAUAUAUACCGUUUAAAAGCCCACAUUAAUGUACGUCACGUGGACGAAAAAGACAUCCGAUGGUACGAAUGCAAUCAGUGUCCUUACAAAGGUAAAGCCAAACAAUAUUUAAAACGCCACAUAUACCUAAAACACGGCGACAUUAAAUGGUACAAAUGUGACAAAUGCUCGUACAAAGCGAAAGAAAAAACCUUGUUGAAGCACCACGCUUAUUGGCACCUAGACGAGAAAGAAACCGAGUGGUACAAAUGUGACAAAUGCCCGUAUAAAGCUAAAAGGACGGACUUAUUAAACCGACACAUUUACAUCCAUUUAGACGAAAAAGACAUCAAGUGGUACAACUGUGAGCACUGUUCGUAUAAAGGCAAACAAAAGCGACACUUGCAGCAGCACAUAAGCCUCAAACACGUCGACGAAAAAAAUAUGAAGUGGUACAAAUGUGACAAGUGCUCUUUCAAAGCCAAACUGAAGCAAACUUUACAGCGCCACGAACAAGCCGUACAUCUAGUCGGCAAAAAUUUGAAAGUGUACAAAUGUGACCAAUGCCCGUACAAAACCAUCAUAAACAUGUCGCUGAAGAGACACGUAAUCAACAAGCACCUGAGCGAGGACGAAAUCCAGUGGCACUACUGUGAAAAAUGCUCGUACAAAGCCAAGCAGAAGCAGUAUUUGAAAGACCACAUGAUCACGCAGCACUUGGAUACCAAAUGCAAAAUCGAGCAAGAGUUUUUGGAUGAAGAGGAUAAAUGGUAUCAGUGCCAGAAGUGCCGAUAUGGCACGAAACGAGUUUCCAAUUUGAGGACGCACGUGAACUCGCGACAUUUAAACGAAGGGGAGGUUAAAUGGUACGAGUGCGAAAAGUGUUCGUACAGGAGCAAAGACAAGUCGAAUUUGAAAAGUCACAUCAAUUUGCACCAUUUGGACGAACAAGAUGUUAAAUGGUACGAGUGCAACGAGUGCCAGUACAAAGCUAAAGUUAAAGGGAAUUUGAAAAGGCACAUACUUUUCCGGCAUUUGAGCGAACAAGAGAUUAAGUAGCGUUUAUAGAAUAGGAAAAUGUAUAUAUUUUUGUGAAAACAAAACAAUUAUAUUAAUAAAUUUGCAAUUUUGACGUUUGCUUGUCAAUUUGCGUGUUUGUGAACGCACCCACAAUGUGCGCAUGCGCACAACUCCAUGUUUGAGGUUAUGUCACUUGAUGUCACUACUGGGGUUAUGUUUACAAUAAAAUAAACAUUGUUUUGAAAGUUGGAGCAUUUUUUAACCGUUUUGAGUGUCUCAGAAUGUCGAUUCUGGAGUCUCUUUUGAAACAUUCUGGCAAGCUUGUGUAUGGGGUUUCUACUUUCAAGAAUUUUAACAACACAGCAGUAAACCCCUCUACAAUAAACGAGUCCAGUCACCCCACAUUUGCAUUUUUUGACUGUGAAAAUAGCAAAGUGGAGAAUUAUUAUUGCAAAAGGUGCCCCUUCCAAACAAAUCUGCUAAUAAUUUUGCAAAAACACGUUCUAAAGUUUCAUACUUUCGAACUUCAGAGUGAAGAAAGUGUGUCAGAGUUGGAAUAUUAUACAGUCGAAAAUUAUGUUUGUGAAAAGUGCAACUUUCAUACUCAUUCUGGGUUAAAAUGGCUGCAGCAUGCCCCAACGUGUUCCAAAAAUGGAGAGUCAUUUAGUGAAGAUUCGUACGAAGACAACUUAUUUAAAUUUACAGAAGUGUACACGAUGAAUGUUUAUUCCAAAGCCAAGAGACCACGAAAAGGGGUGACGUGGCAUAGGUGUGAUCAGUGCAAUUACAAAGCAAAAAUAAAAACGCAUUUAACCAAUCACAGAAUUUACAAACAUUUAAAAGACCACGAAAUAGAGUGGUUUGCAUGUGAGAAAUGUCCGUACAAGAGUAAGUUCAGAAAUCACUUGAAAAACCACACGUAUGUUUUUCACUCUGAAGAAAACUGUAUCAAGUGGUUUGAAUGUCAAAGUUGCCCGUUUAAAUCAGAAUGGAAGAAAAAUUUGCAACAACAUGAGAGCACAAUGCACUUGGAAAAAAGCCACGUUAAGUGUGACCAAUGCCCGUACACCACAACCACAAAAUUGCGACUAAAAGCUCACACAAUCAACAAACACUUAAGUGAAAAUGAAAUUCAGUGGCAUCGGUGCAAAAAAUGCCCAUACAAAGCUAAACACAAGAGUGCGUUGACUCUCCACGCCCGGGCAAUUCACUCCAACGAAAAGCACUUCCACUGUGAACACUGCCCAUACAAAACCAACUUAAAGCAAUGUUUAAGCCAACACAUGAAAAACCGCCACUGCAGUGAAAGUGAAAUCAGAUGGUACCAAUGUGAGCGCUGUCCGUACAAAUCUAAGCAAAAAAAAUCGUUAAAUUAUCACUUUCAGCUGGUUCACUGUGAUGGAAAAGACAUUCGGUGGUAUAUUUGUGACCGCUGCGCUUAUAAAACCCACAAAAAGUCUGAUUUACACUCACACAUGCUUGUGCUUCAUUCGGAUGAAAAGGAUAUUAAAUGGUACAAGUGUGAAGAUUGUCCUUAUAAAGGUAAAAGGAAACGGUAUUUGCAGGUACACAGAGACUUUGUUCAUUUGAGGAAGAGGGAUACUAAGUGGGUUUCGUGUGGUCAGUGUUCGUAUAAAACAAACUAUCCGAGCAAUAUGAAGCAUCACGUUAUUAUUAAACAUACAAAUGAGGAGGAAAUUCGUUGGUUUCGGUGUGAAAAGUGCCCGUUUAAAACUAAGUUGAAGUGUUAUUUAAACCAGCAUUUGAGGUCUGGGAAUUGUGUGAAAUAAGAUGUACUUUUAAUAAAUUAUUGUCCGAGAA